AUGGCCGUCAGAGCUGCCUUUGAGAAAAACAAUGAAAUCGGGUGUUUUGCGAAGCUAACCAACUCGUACUGUCUGGUAGCUAUCGGAGGAGCAGAGACAUUCUACAGUGUGUUUGAAGGGGAACUGUCAGAGACCAUCCCAGUCGUCCACGCUUCCAUCGCAGGCUGUCGCAUCAUUGGCAGAAUGUGUGUUGGAAAUCGCCACGGCCUCCUGGUUCCUAACAACACGACAGACCAGGAGCUGCAGCACAUCCGGAACUGUCUCCCAGACACAGUGAGGAUCCAGAGAGUGGAGGAGCGGCUGUCUGCUCUGGGGAAUGUCAUUGCCUGCAACGACUACGUGGCUCUGGUUCAUCCCGACCUUGACAGAGAAACAGAAGAGAUCCUGGCAGAUUCGUUAAAGGUGGAAGUGUUCCGACAGACUGUGGCUGAGCAGGUGCUGGUCGGCUCCUACUGCACCUUCAGUAACCAAGGAGGCCUAGUACAUCCCAAGACCUCGAUAGAGGAUCAGGACGAGCUCUCCUCCCUCCUGCAGGUCCCUCUGGUGGCGGGGACGGUGAACCGAGGCAGUGAGGUGAUCGCCGGUGGGAUGGUGGUGAACGACUGGUGUGCGUUCUGUGGCCUGGACACCACCAGCACAGAGCUGUCAGUCAUCGAGAGUGUGUUCAGACUCAGUGACUCUGCGCAGCCUUCAGCCAUCGCCACCACCAUGAGGGACUCGCUGAUUGACAGCAUGGCGUAA